CAGGUUCAAAGGGUACAGAAGGUACAUUCAUGUGUUUUCUUUUUUGUUGUCAGGAUGCCCAGCUGCACCUUGAUGAGGCUCUGAGAGGACAGGAAGACAUGAAGGAGCAGGUCGCCAUGGUGGAGCGCAGAAAUGGCCUGAUGCUGGCUGAGAUUGAAGAGCUGAGAGCUGCUUUGGAGCAGACUGAGAGAGGACGCAAAGUGGCUGAGCAGGAGUUGCUUGAUAUCAGUGAACGUGUUGGACUGCUUCACUCUCAGAACACCAGUCUUAUUAACACCAAGAAGAAGCUGGAG